ACCAUAAGAAACUGCUAAAAAUAAACACAGUUUGUGAGAAAGACUAUGAUUGAAAAAAUACUUGAUGAAGAUCUAAUUUAAUGUUUUUGCGAGGAUAUUGGUGUUGAGCAGAUGGAGUCUAAACAGUGGUGACUGAACAACUAAGGUGACAGUACAGAGCCUUGCAGAACUACAUAUAUCCGAGUCACGAAAGAUCGAUAACUUAUUUGUUGUUAAAGGAUGUUAAGUGUUUAGUAAUAGUGACUAAUUGGUAUGGGUGAUACAACACCUACAGGGUUUAGUGAUUCUAGAUCUGAUGAUUGUGAUUACUAUUAUCAUUCUCCAACACAUUAUCCACAUAAUUCAGAUACAAUGUUUAAUGUUGGAACUCGUCAUUUCCCAUGUGAAAACUGUGACAAGAUCUUCACAGAUCCCAGUAAUCUACAGAGACAUAUAAGAUCCCAGCAUAAUGGAGCUAGAUCCCAUGCUUGUGUGGACUGUGGCAAAACCUUCGCCACUUCUAGCGGACUGAAACAACACCAACACAUUCACAGUAGUGUAAAACCAUUUAUUUGUGAAGUAUGUCUCAAAUCCUACACCCAGUUUUCAAAUUUGUGCCGCCACAAGCGUAUGCAUGCCGAUUGCCGCCAACAAACCAAAUGCAAUAAUUGCAACCAGACUUUCACCACUGUUGCCUCUCUGAGUAAGCACAAGCGAUUUUGUGACAGCUCUCUAAAGAAUAAAAUCGAUCUUAGCACGUCCACUGACAGUACAGUCGGUUGCCUUAGUAAGACUAAUAGUCCGUUUUCAUGGAAUUGGAUCGAUCUAAGUCAAUUUCGUUUCAAUGACAUGUUUUAUUCGAAAUUUGGUUCUUUCUUGCCAGAAGGGUUUUUGUCUCUACAAAAUAUGUUGAAUGACCCCAAUAUAUCUGUUGAUUGUCUGCAAUUAAUCAGCGAUGGUCUUACAUUGGAUGAGAAGCAGACCUUUGAUGAAUUAGAUAGAGAUUCUGAUCCAAGUAUUGACAGUGAUCGAGAGAAUAGCUCAGGCUCAGAUGUAGAAUGCUUUUCCACAGAUGAACUGGAAAACAUGGAAAUCAGCAAUUCCGAUUUCUUUUAUUUUAUGUCCACGGAGAUCUUGCCAGCCUUACACUCAUUAGAUUUAAAAUGCACAAAUUUGGAGAUACAAAGUCUCUGCGCAGAUUUAGGGGAAAUGUUUUCUGUUUAUUUGAAAUCGCCAGCCGUAGAAUUUCCUCUUGAUUUGUCUCAAACACAUGUCAUUGAGAGGCCGAGGAUUUCUCAUAUUUAUGAAACUGUGAAGUACAGCAAGGCUAAUUUUCCUCUGAUAAGACCCGUACUGGAGUCGAUGAUAUCGUUUAACCACAAUGAAAUUCGUCUGUUGAAAAAUACCACAAAAUUUAUGCCCAGGAUGACAUCUGCUCCGGUCUCCCAAGAACGUAAAAAUUAUCUCAUGCCCCCGCAAACAAACAUAAACAAAUUUCCAGAGCCUUAUCAAUUUAAACACAUUAAUAAAAUGAAAGAAAGAUACUGCUGUAAAUUUUGCGGAAAACAUUUUCCCCGCUCUGCAAAUCUUACUCGCCAUUUAAGAACACACACAGGAGAACAACCUUAUAACUGUAAAUAUUGCGAACGUUCAUUUUCGAUAUCGUCUAAUCUACAACGGCAUAUUCGCAACAUACACAACAAGGAGAGGCCAUUUAAAUGUCCAUUAUGCGACCGGUAUUUCGGCCAGCAAACUAAUUUAGAUCGUCACUUAAAAAAGCAUGAUUCGGUUAAAUCUAUGGAAGGGGAUCUUUUUUUUCACAAAGAUGAUUAAAGAUUAUUAUUGUACCAGUAAUGCAUUUAGAUUGUUAAUCAGUAUUACAAUAUUCUAAAUAUUUUGUCAAAUGGAAGUGGUAUAAUAGAGGUUAACGUCCAUUUCCACCACAUAUCUAGUAAAAUUAAUGUUUUUAUGGGAACAAAUGUGUAUUGUUAAAGGGCAAUAUGAAUACUUAAAAUACAGAUGUGACGUCAUCCUUUGAUGUUGACUACCUUUAUUUCAAAUAAUGGUACAUAUAAUGUGCCAAAUGUACAUUAUUUAUACUAGUUGAAAUAUUGGACCCGUGUGACAUAUUUCAUUGAAAUGCACGGGCUAGAUAUUAGAUAGUGUCUGUAUUUUAAGUUCGUUAAUGGUCUUGUGCAAGACAUUGCGUAAUAUAUAGAUAUAGCACUUAUGCUAACGCACUUGUGCAAUAUCAUUGAAAUGCACGUGCUGGAUAGUGUCUGUAUUUUAAGUUGUUUAAUGGUCUCGUGCAAGACAUUGUGUAAUAUAUAGAUAUAGCACUCAUGCUAACGCACUCGUGCAAUAUCAAUAUAUUAAUUAAGGCCUCACACUCGAUCAUUAAACUACACUUAAUAACUUACCAAACUAAGAACAAAGUAAUUGAAUUUUAUGGUAAAAUUUGCCAUCAGUGAUGAGACAAAAUAAAGAUUUUUGCAAAAUUAUACUUUACAUACAAUCAAUCUCGUAUUCCAGAAACAUUGCCAUUUGCAAAACAUUUUUUAUCAGACAUAUAACAAAUUAUUCUAAUUAACAAAUCUACUGAAGGAAAACUUCUUAUCACUAUCCCUUUUUCCCUUUAUAUUGCAUUAUUUACUCUAUCAGAGAUUUCUUUUUAACAUUACCAAAGGUAACUAAUGGAAUCAAAUCGAGUGAAAAGCCAAACCUGUUUUGCUAGUCACACAAAUGUAUUUAAUCUGAUCUGACUUUUUUCAAGCCUCUCAAAUCUGAAAUUUUAUGAGGUAUUAAUUGUUAUUGUGUAUUUUUCGGAAAUGUUAUGUUGUUAUUGAAAUAACAAGGAGGAUACAGGGUUGUUACAUGUAAUAUUAAUCUGAUCUGAUAUUUUUUUCAUGAAGGCUCUCAAAUCUGAAAUUGUAUUGGGUAUUAUUGUUAUUUUGUAUAUUUUGAAAUAACAAAGAGAACACAGGGUUAUUGCAUGUAAUAGUAAUAUUAUCUUAUCUAUUUCAAAAAGCCUCUCAAAUCUUGAAUUUUAUGAGGUAUUAAGUGUUAUUGUGUAUUGUUUGAAAAUGUUAUAUUGUUAUUGAAAUAACAAAGAGGACACAGGGUUAGUGCAUGUAGUAUUAUUAGUAAUAAAAAUCAUAUACAUAACUCUUAUACAUUCUUUUUUUUAUAAAACACUAUAUUUGAUGAGGAUCGAUUCUUUUUUGAUCUGAUUAAGCAUGUGGUAUUAGAGGUAGAUAUAUUCUAUGCAUAUAUUAUAUACAUGAUUUUAAUUACAAUACUUACUUUAUUAUUAUACAUUGUAUUUGUCUUUAAAAUUUUUACCAUUAUUCAUGAAUUCAUUUAUAAUAAUGACCAGUAUUAUUUUAGAGGCCAUUAAAUUUUACGUACAACUUUUGUACAAUUUUUCUGUAAUAAAUAUGUACAUUGUAUAUAUAUAACAUAUUUUUAUUGAGGGACCAUUAUUAUUAUUAUAAUUCUUGCCCAACACAUUUACAAAUAUGAAAAAAAAAGAUUCCUUUAUGCUUACCUUUUUAUAAUUCGAAUGUAUUCCAAAUACAAAUUUAAUAUUUUUAUUGUUAUUUUAUGCCAAAAUUGAUGUUUAAGUAUUGCCAAUCAGUGUCUCUUAAUUGCCAAAAUUUUUAUUAAUUAUUAUACUUUAUAUAUGUCAUUAUGUAUCAGAUGUGUGGUUCAAAGAUUUUUUUACAAAUAUCCACAGAAAAUUAAGUGCAUCUUAUGAAUAGGGAAAUAUGUUAUUAAUGCCCUUGUUUUAUUGCCAAAGGAGUAUUUUAUAUUUUAACUUGAGUCCCAUUAUGACUAACAGAUUCUUUUUGUUCCAUGUACAUGUAGACAAAGCAUCUUCCUGCAAUAUUUUAUGGUUUUCUAGAUAGUACACCAUCGCCAUUGAUUCAUUAAAAAACACUGGCAAUGUUCUUAUUAUAGUAUUUAUUAGUUUUAUGGUCAACUUAUUUUCUUGUCAUUAUAUGUUGGUCGUUAGGGUAUGGGAUACCUGUUGUAUUAAUGUUUUUGUAAUUGUUUUGUACCAAAUUGUAGUCCAAUUUCUCAUACCUAUGUUUUUAAUACAGAACAAAAAUUAUGAUCCUGUAUUGUAAUGCAUACUGAGACUCACAUUUUUCCGGACUGAAAAGCUUAGUAUUCCGAACCAAUGUAAGAUAAGGAUGUUAUAAUCAUUGAGAGUUCGCAUUACUUUCUAUUGAUUUCAUGCCACCAUCUUUAUUGUUACUGAAAACCUGAAGGGUAGUUACCAUCAAAAAAAACCUUUUUAACCCUUCAUUAAAUUUAAAAACAGAAAAUGACUUUUAGCCUUCUAGGUUUAACCUUUAAACUGUACGUUAAGUAUUUGGUAAUGUUUAUCCAAUAAAUUCAUUGGAAUAAGUACUACCGGUAGGUCUCUUAGUUUGGUUGUAUUUGCCACUAAAAUGACAAUAUAACAAAUUCAGGCUUCAGUCGUAAAAAUGACUAGAUUAAAUUACAUAUUUAAAAAGAACACAAAAUAUAUGUAGUAACCUUUUCUAAAACGUUUUUGUGUUAACUCUCUGCUAAAUAACACCCCACAUCCAAAUUCUGACUGACAAGACUUUGAACUGAGUGCUCUGGUCUGUAAUAAAUGUAUAUGUUAAUUUUGUUUGUUUGGUUGUCAUUGGUUCUUUGUUAAUUAAUCCUAUUAUUAUUAUUAUUACAUAUUAUUUACAUAUUUUUUAAUCAUUAUGCAAGUGCUUGUUGAUAUUAUUUUGUUUGAAUUACUGUUUUUUGUUUUUGUUUUCAUGAUUCAGAAAGUAUUAUUAUUACUUUCCAAAAUUGGACCAACAUUUUACCUUGAAAAUAUUUUCAUUAACAAUAACUUGUUGUUUACAUGCAACUUUUGUCUUUGCUAAGUUUUUACAAAUCUCAUUCCUGAAACCACAAUAGUUGCAGCUAAUCAUGUCUCUAAUAUUAAUAACAUCUCUGAAAUAUAUGAUAACAACAUAUUUAGAUACUUUAGAAGAGACAAUGUUUAAUGAAAAUUCUAUGAUCCUGUAAUGGGAUUUCUUUUUCUUUUUUUGAUAAUCUGAAAGGGACUUUGGUAGCUUAGUAUCUAAAUAUUUAACUGGACUUAGACUAUUAUAAUAAAGUACAAUUCACAUGGCUAUCCAUAUUCAUUGAAAAGCAUGUUGCAGUAUUGCAUGAAUUUAUAACUGAAAUCUGGAGGCACCUAUAAUGAAAUAAAUAGGCAAUCGAUUGGGGUCCAGUUCCUAUGGACUUCUGUAGGUAGGAACUGAACCCAGGUGAAAAUAACCUAAUCAGACACCCCACUUUGCCAUAGUAAUCGUGUAACAAUGGUUAAUGAGGUAAUAAUACUGGCAACUCUUGCUUCAUACUAUGAUUAAACUGUAUGUUUUACUAGUCAUCUUUAUAUAUAGUGUAGAUCUAUUCAUAUUAUAUAGCAUGUUAUUAUCUUCUACCAUGUAAUACAAAUUUUUUUUAUAUCAGAUAUUUGAACACAAGUUGAUAAACUGACCUGGUUUUAAUCCACCAAUUAAACUAUGAUUGGCAUGAAACUUGGCAUGUUUGUUUCUUAGACACAUGAGUAACAGACUUCGAUUUUUUCAAGAUGGCAGCGAUGUCCUACUCAGUACCUGGUUCAUACUAUGCUCGUAAUUGUUUAUCACUUGCUUUGAUAUAUCUGAUACCAAGGAUAACAGUAUAUGAUUUUAUUUAGCACCUGUUAGUAUUUUUAAACUAAAAAUGGAAAGAUCAUUUGAAACCAGCUAUAGAUUAUUGUGUGGUAAAACUACUUAUAUUUUUCCUUAGAUCAAUAAAAAUUAAUUACUUGUUUCUGAUCAUUGUAUAAGAUUUUAUUUUUCCCUUUUCAUAACAUUCAAGAUGAACAAACAGGAUAGGUGAAAUAUUCUUGACAAACACAAACUGUAUUUCCAAAAGUUCAGCAAUAUUUAUCUAUCUAGAAACAAAAGGUACCUUUUGUGUAACCACAAAAGAUGAUAAGAAACUAGUACUUAACUUUGAUUGUCCUUAAUUAUGCGGUAUUUGUGUCAUAUGGUGUUCCAGAUGUCAAUACAUUUUUACCAAAAAAAGACCUCUGUGCUUUAUUAUUAUUUUUCAUACAUAUUUUGUUUGAAGCACAACGGCCUGUAUUUUAGCCGACAAUGUAGAAGCAAAUUUAUUGAAAAUAAAUAACUUAUUAGAUCUA